AUGGCUGAACUGGGUGAAAGUCUAGGAUCUUUGUUGGACGUUGAUGACCUUGCAAAUACUUUUUUGAAGUAUAGCUGUCCUAUUCUGAAGCAUUUUUUGUCUGCUUUGCCUAAUAGCAGAUCCGCCAGUGAGACAAACAUUUUUUGUCUGUUUUGCCUAAUAGCAGAUCCGUCAGCGAGCCACUGGCCAUUGUCACUGAUAAAACCGUCACAAAAAGCGAUCACAAUUAUUAAUAACGGCCUAUUUAGAACAGAUAUAAUCGUUACAAAUCUUUUCAGUAACAGGUGCUCAAGGAGUGGCUGGUCUAGGACGUUCAUCGGUUCUUUCUUUAAUUCACAGCUUUCAGAUGGAUUUCGAUUUUCUCGUAUAUUUUCUUUGGAUUUUGGAUCUGGAUUUGGAUCAGGUGAUCGCAAUAACAAGAUUUAUUUUGGGGGUGGACCUUAUGUUUACGCGUUUCCUUCUUAUGUUGAUUUCAAGCAGGGAUACUUAACCUACACCCCACUCUUGGUUAACCCAAAAUUGAGUGAAGAAUAUUUCAUUGAUGUUAUUUCAAUCAAAAUACACGGUGAAACAGUACCGAUAGUCGACAAAAGGUCACUUUCCAUUAACAAGAUAACCGGAGUUGGAGGAACAAAAAUCGACUUUCAAGCUCCUUAUACUAUCCUACAGACAUCAAUCUAUAAGGCCGUCACAAAGGUUCGUAUCAAAUGGGCUAAAUCCAUGAAUGUCACUAUGGUUCCUCCUGUUGCGCCGUUUGGCACAUGCUAUAAGUCAUCCACGUUACCUGAUUUUGUGUUAGAGGGAGACAAGGUGCCACCUGGGGUUGCUUUCAUUUUCCCCAAAAAUGAACUGAGAACUGGUGAAAUGACAUGGACUGGAGGAGAUGUCACUUGUUUGGCAUUCGUCGAUGGAGGUUUAUAUCCUAAGACUUCCAUUGUUAUUGGUGUGUUUAAUUUAAACUUCUUCGUAGAGUUUGAUAUUUCAGGAUCAAGAUUUGGGUACAUCCAACCAAUAUUUCCUUGA